UCAUCGCUAGUAAUGUGACCGUUCGGCUGAUUGAUAUUGUUACAACGAUUUUUUCGCUGUUAAAAAUAUUUAGUAAUACCUCUUAAAUCGCGUGCUAGGCACGCGAGUGUGUGUGUCUACUUCAUUGUAAAUGCUGCAUAUAAAAUCCGCCGACGCCAUGCCCAAGAGUCGAAGCAACAAAGCACCGGAGACAAACAACAACAUGCGAUCCUGCUAAGAUCAGAGCGAACGCGAAGCCAGCACGAUCAUGAGUCGUCAGGAGGGAGCUGCAUCCCGUCCAGCCGAGGGAGCGGCCGGCCCAGUCACAUCGUCAUCAUCAUCGACAUCGUCCAACCACUCAGCGAGUGCUGUCCUAGGCAGCAAGAUAUCCACCUCAACGCCGCAAAAGAACGAUGAGCAACAGGAGCAGGAGUUUAUCAAUCAGAGCGUGGCCAGCGAGAUCGAGGCCAUGUCCAUUUCGGGCUCUCCAUCCGCGGACAGUAGCAGUGGCGCCACGGCCACAGCCACUAUGAGCGGCAGUCCGGUGCCCAAGCGGCACUUGAGCACGGCCAAUCUGUCGCGGAUACGCCCGCAGUCGAGCUACUCGGCACGCGUGCUCAUCUUCGACGACUCCGACCAGGAGGCGGCUGCCGCUGCAGCAGCACUUGCGGCAGCAUCGUCGUCCUGCAACAGCAGCGUCAAGUCCUGCAGCGGAUUGGAGCUGCUGCCCACCUCGCCGGCCAAGCUAUCCAUCGGCAACGACAGCACCAACGGCUCCUCCAUGAUGCGCAACCUGAAUCUGACCAAGAGCUCGUCCGGCGGUCUGUCCGGAAGUUCUAGUUCUCUGCACUCUAGGGGAUACACCGCCUUGCUCCGAAAGAUCUCCUAUCAGCAGCACACCAACUCGCUGCGCGCUGUCAGCAGCGAAGCGUCCAACUUGCUACGUAUGCGUCACUCGUCGUUGGGGAAGUCAGCUCCCUGCCUCACGGGCAACUAUUUUCGCCAUGAACUGGCCGCUCCGUUACCAGUACAGCCCCCUGGCUUUGGGGCUUCUCCCUUGGGUCACAACAUUUCGAGGUCGGGCAGCUGUGCUGGGAUUGGCUUGGCCAAGCACCACCAUCACCAUCACUUGCACGGCGUUGUGAUGCGGGGGUCAACUGGAGGAGGCGCUGGUUCCGGUGGUGGCUCCUCCAGUGGAGUUGCCCAUCAUCGACUAAGUUUGGUCACCAACGCGGCUGCAGUGGCAGCGGCUGGCGGCUCCCGGGCCCAUUCCCCAUACUCGGCCAGUCCCAUGGAUAGUCCGCGCCUCAAUUCACCCAUGCCAUUUGCAUUUGCUCCGAUCAAAAGAAUCGCCUCGUGCCGGGGCGUUGUCGCAGACGGACGUCGCUGGUCCGUCGCUUCGCUGCCCUCCUCGGGGUACGGAACCACGCCUGGUAGCUCCAAUUUGUCGUCUCAGUGCUCGAGUCAGGAGGCUCUCAACCAGUUGGCGCACAACAUUCCGCCCGGAGUGCAGGAGGCGGAUGCCGCUGCCGUGGCCGCCGGUGCCUGCUGCGCCGAGCACCUCAAACAGCAUUGUCCCAAGCACUGCGCUCUGUUGCUAGCCGUUUCCCAUAAGCAACUGACGCCCCAGCCGCCGAAGCCAUCGCAGCUGCAGCCCCAGAAACUGAUGACAGCGGCCUGCGUCAAUUGCUGUGCCGAGCUGAGCGUUACCUGUGGUGGUCAGCCAGCCGGUGGUGGUGCUGGUGCUGGUAAUGGUGGUUCAUCCGCGAAUAGCUCCGCCUCGAGUGCAAUGCAAGUUGGAGGUCGUAUGUCGCCCUACUUUCGUCCGCGCUCAAGAUCGCUGUCCAGCCCAUCGCGUUCACCCAUCGUGGACAAUGAGAUUGCUGUGAUGAACACUUUGUACAAGGAGCGUUUUCCCAAGGCCACCCAGCAAAUGGAGGAGCGGCUGAAGCACUUUAUCAACGAAAACAAGAGUGCUGCAUGCAAUAGCUUCAGGGACUCGCAGCCGAUAGUGCGCUUUGUGCAUCAUCAGGUAUUGGAAAUGGCAAGGGAUUGCCUGCACAAAUCGGAGGCCAAGUUGAUAACCUCGCAAUACUUUUACGAGCUGAGUGAAAAUCUGGAGCGUUUGCUAGUGGAGACAAAGGAGAAAUCUCCGGAGGCGGCAGCUGAACUAAAUGGUGUGAUUAAAAAGCUGCUUUUGAUUAUUUCGCGACCAGCUCGAUUGCUGGAAUGCCUAGAAUUCGACCCGCAAGAAUUCUACGAGCUACUGGAGGCUGCAGAAGGUCAUGCCAAGGCAAUGCCUGUGAUAAAGGCGGACAUUCCGCAAUACAUCAUCCACAAGCUGGGGCUAAACCGUGAUCCAAUCGCAGAACUGCAACAGGAAUUAAGGGAAACACAGCAGAUGUGCUCGGAACAAGUUACCGUGGAUGCAGAUCCACUGCAACCCGGUGGCAGUUUGCUACUCAACUCGCCCUUAACCAGUGCAGCCAAGCAGUUAAGCAGCCUGGCCUUGGAUUCCAUUGCUUUGGACUCGGGAAGUGGCACAGUGACACCUCAACAGCCUCCUCAAACGCCAGUGGCUUCGUGUGACGCGGCACCCUCUUUUGCGCUGGCUAUUAGCCAGAUGAAUGAGGAGAAGGGAGGAUCAAGUAGUGCAGGUGGAGGAUCGGGUGCGAAGGGGACAGGAGCUGAAGGAUUAACCGGAGGAUCGGCUGCACCAGUAACUGGCAGUGGAGUCCAACAACCCUCACCUCAAGAAAAUGACUUUGACAUUGUCAAGCUGAUCUCAAAUGGUGCUUAUGGAGCCGUCUACCUGGUGAAGCACAAGACCACCCGUCAACGCUUUGCCAUGAAGAAAAUCAACAAAAAUAAUCUCAUCCUGCGCAACCAGGUGGAGCAGGUCUUUGCGGAGCGUGAUAUUCUUUCCUUCGCCGACAAUCCCUUUGUGGUCAGCAUGUACUGUUCGUUUGAAACCAAGAAACACCUUUGCCUGGUGAUGGAGUACGUGGAGGGCGGCGACUGCGGAACGCUGCUGAAGAACAUCGGGCCACUGCCCGCGGAUAUGGCCCGCUUCUAUUUCGCCGAGACAGUAUUAGCCGUAGAGUAUCUGCACAGCUACGGCAUCGUGCAUCGCGACCUCAAGCCGGACAACCUUUUGAUCACCGCCUUGGGUCACAUCAAACUCACUGAUUUUGGGCUCUCCAAGAUGGGUCUGAUGUCAUUGGCAACCAAUUUGUAUGAGGGUUAUAUCGACUCAGAAACGAGACAGUUUUCCGACAAGCAGGUUUACGGCACACCCGAGUAUAUUGCACCCGAAGUGAUAUUGCGCCAGGGCUAUGGCAAACCUGUCGACUGGUGGUCCAUGGGCAUCAUUCUGUAUGAAUUUCUCAUCGGCUGUGUGCCGUUUUUUGGCGAAACCACUGAGGAACUGUUUGCGCACACUGUCAACGAUGACAUCGAGUGGCCGGACUGUGAGGACUGGCCUGUUCAAGCGGAGGCAAAGGACAUAAUCUCGCAGCUGCUGCAGCAGAAUCCGCGGGAUCGUCUGGGCACCCAAUCGGGUGCGCUGGAAAUGAAAGAGCACGAAUAUUUUCUGGGCAUGGAUUGGAAUUCUCUGCUGCGGCAGAAGGCAGAGUUUGUGCCGCAGUUGUCCCACGAUGAUGAUACCAGUUAUUUUGACACCCGAAUGGAUCGCUAUAACCAUGAUCUAGGUGGAGAAGAUACGGACGACACGGAUGACACUCCCGUCUUUGGCAGUUUCAAUUCGUAUACUCCGCAGUACAGAAAACAGCAUUAUAGCUGGUCGCGUCAUGCCACGCCCACGUCUACCGAUGGAGCGAAGCCAACGGGUCCACCGCCACUUUCAUCGCUGCCAUCGCGUGCGCAGGAGACUCCAGCAGUAGCCGUAGGACCCGCAUCAACUGGCGCUCUUCCCAAACUUAAAUCGGGAAUGGGAAGCGGAAGUGGAAGUGGCAGUGGUAGUGGUUCCGGUAGCGCCUCCCACGACGGAGUGGUCAACAAAUUCUUGAAUACGCCACAAUUGCGAAAGCUUGAUCUCUCCUCAAGCUGCCUGAAGGUGCCGUCCACCCCGGAUGCCGAUUACUUGCCUGAAUUGUUGCACAAUGUGACGAUUGGAAACGAUGCUGAGCUGCGAAUGCUGAAGCAUUAUCUCCAGCAACCAAAUCCCGGCGCCACACAGCGCAUGCAGCAGCGGCAUAGCAUGCCACCAAACACAACCACGAUCAUUAGUACGCCGGCCACUCCGCCACCAACUCAAACUCAGGCGGCAAUGGCGGCCACUCCGCCAACAGCUACGGUGGGCAGCUUUUCGCGCAGCACGCCGGAGAGUUCGCAAACGGACAGUGAUGAUUUUUCGCCACAGAUCAACCGUAAACGGAAGGGUGUUUGCGCCAGAGACAUUUUGCCGCGUUUCUCCAUCUCGAUAGAAGAUGAAACCAUUUCCGCGGGCAGCUCAUCGACGGAGAACAUGAACUUGCCAAGAGAACAAUCGCCGCUGGCUCUGCAGCAUCAACCAAAAUCAAUGGACGGCAGCACCAGUGGCAGCAGUGUGAAGCAUCAUCGGUCUAGGUCGAUUGUUAAAUCUGCAUCCGCCUUGGGAUUGUCACUCAUGACAUCUCUGGACAACAGCCAAUUGGCUGCACAGUUAUGUGGAAUUCAAUCGCCGGGUGGUGGAGGCAAUGGCUCCAGUACGGCCAGCUCCAGGGAUACUUCUCCUUGCCGGGAGCUCUCGCCAUUGGUUACAAAUCUAAAGCCUCCGAUCAUCAUACGACGUGGUCCCCGUGGUUUCGGCUUUACUGUCCAUACCAUCCGUGUGUACUAUGGCGACACGGACUUCUAUACAAUGCAUCAUUUGGUUAUGGCCGUGGACGAGGGCAGUCCAGCUUUCGAGGCGGGACUGCGUCCAGCGGAUCUCAUCACUCAUGUUAAUGGAGAGGCUGUGCAAGGCCUGUUCCACACACAGGUGCUGCAGCUGCUCCUCAGUGGUGGCGAGCACGUAACCCUGCGGGCCACUCCCCUCGAGCACACCAGCAUUCAGAGCGGUGGGCGCAAGCGCGAUCUCAUGCAAAGCAAGCUGGCCAAGAAGGGUGUGAAUCGGCAGAAGAAGCAGACAAAGCGAGAGCAUGACAAGAAGCGCAAGACCUCGCUAUUUCGCCGCAUAAGCAGCAAGCGUGCAAAUGCAGAGAUGCAGCAGUACUCAGCUGGCACAAGUUCACCCACCACACCAUCGGCCAGAAACUUGUCGCCGUUGGAUUCUUCGUAUCACAGCAGCUGUUGCCAGUCGGCAGCCAACUCUUCAUCGCAAUCCACCUCGCCCUCAUCCUCAUCGCCUAACACACCCACCGGUUCAAGUGGCUCCAAUCACGGUGGCAACACAGGAUCCGCUUCAGUUGCUCCCUCGGCCCUCAGUGUGCAAUUGCCUGCUGCUCCGCCACCCACCCAGUUGGUGCUCCUGCCCCAUGUGGGAGCCGUCGUUGGCAGCAGCCCCACCUCUGUUGGAAAUGUGCCGGUCUCUCCCACUGGAGUCGUUCCGCAGCUGUACCAGCGUCCAUCCACUUUACAUGGUCUCAAGCACAAGCUGCAUGCAGCCACCGCCGUAAUAGCAGGCGGAGGCAACGCAAACAAUCCCGCCGGAGGCCUCAAGAAUCUACAUACCACGAGCAACAAUUCGUUACCGAAUCGACGAAAGUCUGUGGGUCACAUUCCGCUGUCUCCAUUGGCGCGAACUCCUUCACCAUCGCCGCUGCCAUCGUCACCCACAAGAUCUCCCUCCCCAUUGGCAUUUCCAUUGGUGGGCCAUCAGCCCGGUGCCUCUAACACCACACAGUCUUAUAGUCCGGGAAGCACGCUGCCCACGUUGCAGACGGCGGUGAAUGCAAACACCAAGAAGGCAGGAUUUGCCCGAACCAAGUCGGCGGAACCGAGCUCUCCGCUGCUAAGGCGCGCCUUGUCACCGGAUCGCUUGCAUCCCCGUAGCGCAGAGACAAAGAUAUCGCCACUAUGCUGUUCGCCGCCCAUCAAACAGCCGACACACCAACGAGUGGUCACAACGACUUGGAGGUCGACACCUGGCGGAGGUGCAUCGGGAGCUGGAGGAGCGGUUUUGGGAGCUCCUUCAGCUCAACCCCUGCAGUUGUUGCCUGCUGCUUCUGAGGAAUCUCAAAAACAAACUGCUAUGGCAACAGUUUUGUCCACAACCGCUGCCGGAACUGAUCCAAGUGCCACCGCUGUGGUCACCCUGGCCAAUUGUGAACCGCUGCCGCGUAUUGCUGAGGAGAAAGAUUCGCCAACCAGUACCCAAGACAGCAGCAGUGUGUCCGAAGGAUUCAUGCCCGCUAUCGAGGAGUUCGCGGAGGGAGAAUCCUCGUCUUCGCCUACUCAAACUCUGGAAAAGCCGACGAAGAUGAAGGCCACCGAACAGCCAGAGAUGGAGCCUGCUGGCAAAAGCAAGAAGGUCGACCAGGGUAAAACCACAACUCCUGGAACGCCCAAAACUAAACCCCACAACAGUGGCUGUAAAACUUCGAUGACAACGACAAAGCCCGCCAGUCCAAGCGUGACCAUCUCCACAGCACCACGCAAGGAUACAACGGUUGCGACCGGUGGAGGGACCUCUGGACCAGGAGGAUCUGCAGCCACUUCAUCUGCCAAGCAGAGAAAGUAGCGCCAGAGCAGCCGCGGUGGAUAUGGAUGCUUGUGUUUUAAGUUUCGCGUUUAAAUAAUUGUCCAUGAUGAGAAUGGGCGUGGAUGGAGGACAGGAAACGAAAAGCCGCAGGAAUUCAAUAUGUAUCUGUAGCGGGGGAUUGCGUUUUAAACCUUUUUUCUAAGUAAGCUUGUGUUUUUGCGCAAAUCAUACAAUUUAGCAAUGAAAUUAAUUAGAAAAUUCUGAAGCCUAGUAGUUUGUAGAUGUCAUAACUAAAGGAAAACAAAAAAAAACCGCUUAAAAACUCUUAAUGUAAAUUAGUAGGCACGAUAGCAAGUCGAGAAGGAGGAGCACGAUAUUCCAGCUGAAGCAAAUAUAAGAGGCACCACGCAAUUAUGUACUGUAUAUAAAUGUGUAACAUUGAUAGAAUUAACGAAUUGUGGACUACGGAUGAUGAGUCGAUGGGAGAGUCAUGGAGGGAAUGGCGCGGUGUUGGGCUGCGUUUAUAACAUUUUUGCGAAUCUAUACACUAUGCCGAAUUCAAUAUAAAAUAUAUAUUAAAUAAAUGUUA